AUGCCUCAAGAAAAUCUGGGGGAGGUUUUCUCCAAUUUACCUCCUUCCACGCUUGCAAACUUUGCUGCAUUUUUGCCCCCACCAGGGGUUACCGCCAACUGGGAGAAUCCGGAUUCUCAUAGGGAGAUAUUAAUAUUGAUUCCUACUAUCAUGAUGUUUUUGAUGGUAAUAUGUAUAAUUGUGAGAGCUUGGGUGGUCUUUUGGAUUAUGCGGCCUGUGAAACUGAGGUGGAGUGAUUGUGAGUUUUUUCUUAACUUACUUGGGAAAGCUCCCACAACUGACAGGCAUUUUAUAGUGACCUUUACUCUUACAGUAGUAUGCAAUAUUCUUGGAGAGUAGCAUAGGCUGGAUCAUGCUGACUCGUAAAUUUGAGUAACAGCUUGUUGCUAUAACUCUCUACGUCGUUGUACUAUUGUGUACGCAGGAUCUUCUCUUUUGGCUCAAUUCAGUUACUGACUUCAUUAUAGCCGCCACUGGCAAUGGAACUUUUGGGCUUCAUAAUUGGGAUUUUUCAGUUGCGCGAUUGAUAUCCUACCGCAACCUAAUUGUACGUGUUCUCGCAUUGUCUUAUUAAUCAAUGUAUUCCCAGUUCCGCAACAACUAACACAAAUUUGUAGACAACCGGCCUAUUACCAUGGCUCACACCUCUCACUCUAGGGUUAGUGAAAGUAACCAUAUUUCUGACAUACAUGGAAAUCUUCCGUAGCAUGAAGUGGAUGAAAAUGGCGUGUCUCAUCGGUCUUACCUUCACUGUCGUAUGGUAUUUUUCAAUUACCAUCGCCCAAUUAUGCUUGGCCGUUCCACUGGGAGGCGAAGGAUGGGUGAAGCACCUGUUCACCCAACGUAUGAUUCAACAAAACCUCCUUAGCGUUCCAACGGCUGUAGUGGGCUUAGCUAUUGAUUGCUAUUUAUUUAUUUUACCGAUUAUCGCACUCAAUAAAUUGAAGAUGACUCGGAGGAAAAAGCUAGGUGCAGGGUUGAUCUUCGCUACUGGAUUUCUUGCUAUUGUAGCAUCCAUAUUGAGCGUUGUGUAUCGCGUGAUUCACGGCGAUGAACACGGGGAUAAUACUUGGUGGUUGGUACCUAUCAUGGCAGUUACAAUUACCGAAACAUUCAUUGGUUUUAUCAUUGCUUGUGCCUGGCAUUUUUCCAAAUUCCUGCGGACAUAUGAGCAGUAUUUUUUGAGAGCUAGCUCGUUACUCGCAAAUUUGUUUUGCUGCAAACGCAAAGGUUCUCGGGGCAAGGAAUCUGCAGACCCCAAAAGCAGUGAAGCAUCCGAUACUGUAGAUGAUUCAAAGGUAUCUCGAGAAAAGGUUAAACCACCUCAGAAAAUGUAUCCCGGUCUCGAUCUUACGUCUCGCGGUGGAACUGUGCCGGCUACAGAAUUGGAUAAAAUCGAAAACAUUCCGAAUAGCAGAGAGAAUCAAUCAUAA